GUGAAAUCAGAGCCCAAAAACCCUCGUCGAGGUCGAAGCGUGGAUCUGUAGAGAAGUGAAGAAGUAGAAUUACCUCAAAGAGGUUAAGUUUAUUAUUUGAAGCUCACUCUUCAAGGCUGGAGUCAAAUUCUUUGCGAAGAUGCGUUGGACAAUUUUUCUCGUGUUUGUUUUAUAUUUCACAGCCACAGAGGAAGCUAUCGCAGGUUGCUCAUCGCCUCUUGGCUUGGCGUCAGGCUCAAUACAUGACUCGCAGCUUUCGGCAUCUACAUCCAUGAGCGACUGGUUGCUGCCGUCUGCAGGACGACUUCAUAACAAUUUAACGUCGAACUCAUUCGGGGCUUGGUGUGCAGAAGACGUGGACUUGGAUCAGUGGUUUCAAAUUGACUUACAGAGGACAACAAACGUGUCAGCUGUAGCUUCUCAGGGAAUUGACAUCAUUAUGGCGGGUUACUGGGUGGCGUCAUACUCUUUGAACUACAGUUGCGAUGGAAUCAAAUGGCAUUCUUAUGCCAUACAAGGAGUACCUGUUAUAUUUCAGGCAAAUAAUGAUUCUGAUAGUGUGGUAACGAACACGCUUUCACCUUCCAUAUUGGCUCGGUUCAUUAGAGUGUUGCCCUUGGAAUGGAAUCAGCUGGAAACCAUUUGUCUGAGACUGGAAUUAUAUGGAUGCGAAACAAGCCAAGCCUGCCCACACCCUACCAAGGCUACAAUGUCACCAAGCCAGGCAGCAGCAGACUCUUCUUCAGUAACCAAGGCUCCAUUAACUGGUUUGCCUCCGAAAUUUUCAACGCUGAGUUCUAAGACGGGGAACAGGUCACAUAGCACUGACAGCCUAGCCACUGAUACAAACACAAUUCCCAUCGCAUGUUCUUAUGCCCUUGGAAUGCAGUCUGGUGCGAUUAACGAGUCGCAAAUAAAAGCUUCCUCUUUCGACAGUGUUUGGACCCGACCAUCGGAAGCAAGACUUCAUAAUCAGUGGAGCCUUAACCAUAGAUCUCUAGGGGGUUGGUGUGCAGCAGACGCGGAUAUGAAUCCUUUCUUACAAGUGGACCUGUUAAACAACUCUAUUGUCACCGCAAUAGCCACACAAGGUGUCCCAGCAAAUGGAAACAUUGCGUUGAGAUACAAACUUAACUACAGCUGCGACGGGAUAACUUGGUUUGAGUAUCAAGAAGGAACGAUUUUUGAAGGUUAUCGCAAAAAUUUGCGGGCUCGACAAAACAAGCUACCAGUGCCCUUUAGAGCUCGGCUCGUGCGAAUUCGACCGCUUCUCUCCAGGCAGUACGAAAUACCCUGUGUGAGACUAGAAAUCUAUGGAUGUAGCAUGGCUAAUUCCGUUUGUGGAACGAAGAAUCAACUAAACACCACGAUAAACCCUGAUCAACGCUCCACACAGGAUACCAAGGCCCGAACAACACAUAAGACAACGUCAAGACUGAAUAUAAGGCCUACAAGACCAAAGGACAUGAUUGUAAUUGUGCGAGAUCAUCCAAGUAACGACUCGUUAGGUUAUAACUUUAUGCCCUCUUCAACAGAACGUCACAUUUUCAGUUUAUCACUUCCUCUAACUCUAAGUUUUCUCCUCGUAAUACUGACUCAGUGAGUACUAAUGACAGAUUCCUGAUCAACUUUCUUUCGGAACGGUAGAAACCUUGUGAAAAAAUAUGUUAAUCAAGAACUGGAGGCGGAGGUCUGGAGGUGUGUGGACUGAGUAGCGU